AUGUCAACUUCAAGGGUCGCGAUCUCUCUGACUGGUGCUACAGGCUACAUCGGCGGAUCCGUGCUCACCCGCCUCCUCCAUCACCCCAGCGCUGCCACGUUCGACAUUACCGUCUUUGUUCGAUCUGCAGAGAAGGCCAAGUUGUUAGAAGAGAAAUUUGGUGUCAAAGCUGUCGUCGGGACACACGCUGAUUCUGAUAAGCUCGAAGCGUUUGCAGAGCAGUCGCAUGUCAUCUUCUCAUGUGCUGACUCAGACAAUCUUCCUGCGAUACAAGCGAUACUACGUGGGUUGCGUAAGAGACAUACUGCAACUGGAGACGUUCCUAUUCUCAUCCACACGUCCGGAUCAGGUACCGUCUGCGAUAUGGCCGGUGGCAUGUUCAUAUCGGAGACCAUAUACUCCGAUAUGAAUGUCGACCAGAUCAAGUCCAUUCCCCCCACAGCGCCACACCGGGCGCUGGAUCUCGCGAUUGUGGACGCAGAUACCCAAGGUUAUGCUCGGACAUAUAUCGUCCUGCCCUCUGCCAUCUAUGGUAUUGCGUCAGGACCCUUAGUUGAUGCGGGGAUAUCAAAUCCGUUCUCCAUUCCGAUUCCUGUCGUCGUUCGAAUCGCAUUUGCCAGGGGAGAGAUGGGCAUGGUCGGUGCGGGAAAGAAUUCGUGGUCAAAUGUCCACAUCGACGACCUGACGGAGCUAUACAUUAGAAUCUUUGACGGGGCCACGAAAGACAAGGAGAGUAUAGGCCACGGCUGGGAAGGAUUCUACUUUGGCGAGAAUGACGAACACCAGUCUCUCGAGUUGUGUAAGACCAUUGCACAAGUGCUUGCCGAGUUAGGGUUAGGCGGAUCAGGCGAGCCGACGACGUACAUAACGGGGGAGUUGACCAAAUAUGUGGGCUCCGAGGACAUUAGCCACUUUUUAGGAGCCAAUUCACGCUGCCGAGCAGAUCGCGGUCGUUCGAUUGGUUGGAAGCCGAGUAGGACGUUAGAGGAUUUGCUGAAGGGCAUCAAGCCCGAGGUGGAGGCACUGUGGAAGAAGCAGCUACAGGAUGGUGCGUAA